AUGUCAUCUCUACAGUCACACUUUCGACGACACCCCGAUCGAAAUGAUGCUGCGACACAGGACUCCAGGAGCAGCAGUCGCAUACCAACCAAGAGUUGCGCUGGAGAUGGUGGCAAGCCGGGCAAGACGGUACAGCAUGUGUCGAAAUUAGCAAAGAGACCCAGUCGGAGCAAUACAACCUCAGAGCCCGGCAUCAAGAGUAGCACGACGAGAACGGCGACACCGGUGACAGCUGUGACACAGAAUGCCAAUACUUCUGGAAGGAGGACGUCCGUUACACCAUCGGGUGCCACUCAGGUAUUUCCGCCGCCCAACCUGCGAACACCGUCCCUCGUAUCGGGAUCCUCCCUUUCGACAUAUGAAAGUCCGAGGUCUGCGUUGCGGCGCAAACCAUCUGCAGCGAUCGACAAGUAUGCAGCUCAAAAGCGCUCACAUAUGGCUGGUCGCGUGAAGGGUCUGGCAGCAACUAUGCACUCUCGAGAUCCGGCGAGUCAAGAUGUGUUCGAAGACACUGUUCUGGGCAUUACGUUUCCUCCAUCAAGUGUAUACGAACAUGGUCCUACCGCCGUUGCCCAUCCAUACUACGACUCAGAUAUGAUGCACGACUUCACGCCACCGGUCCCAAGCCUUUAUGCGCCAUCAGCUACACCAUCAACGAGGUAUACCGAAUCGCCGUUCAGCCAUGUGCCCACGCCUAGUUCCGCCUCAUCAUACUCUCCAGGUAUAGUCUCGACGAGCGAACUGGGGUACCGACCUCGACAAGGAAGCACACCGUCUCUGACUCGAAAGCCGACUAUUGUUCAGACACCCAAGGCUGAGGGACUGCGACCUGGAUUGCAGCCUGUCCGCGAAUCGUCAACAUCAUCAUCGAACUCCACAGUAUGUGCGACGAACAAGCUCUCCAAGCAGCGACCGGAGAAGCAGCCAGUACAGCCAGCUGCUUCUGCAUCAACAAAGGCGACUGAGGUACAGAAGUUAUCUUCGCGAGGGCAACAGACCACCAUUUCAACAACAAGGCAGCUACGCGCAGUACCUCCAGAGUUAGCGCAUCUUGAUGUGGAUGUAUCUACUUCGAAGGCGCCGCCACAGAAGCCAUCACAGCCAGUGCGACCGACGAGAGACAAUACGCCGAACAUUCCUGGCAUGCGUGGCGCAUCACCUGUCAUUCAGAGCGAUCUCCCGAAACUCUACACCACUUAUCACAAGCGAACACCAUCUCAAGAAGCGCCAGUGUCUCCGAGCUCAUCGAGCUUCAAGUCACGCUUUGGCUUCUCGAGAUCAUCCUCACGGAACGAGUCACCUCGCAUCGAUUCAGCCAUCUCGCCGCCUCCGGCUUCCCGACGAUCCAAUCGCGGACCCACACCAGAGCAACCUACGGAGGUGACCAAGCUUCAAAGAAAGGAUUCGCCAGCUCUCGCAGAGGGACCCGGUCCUGCAAAGACUUCACGCUUCGGCAUCUUCCACCGCAAGUCGAAGGAUGCCAAGCUUGCAGAAAAGCCUAAACGCCAGUCUUUGAAAGGACCCGUCGCUGGUACGGGCCAUGAGGGUUAUGGCAGGUUUGGAGUCCGUGGCCGCAGCGGCAGUGGAUCUAGUAGUGCAGGCUUCCGCUCGCCAAGUACAGACAGUGGGACGAGCAGCAUGGCUCCCUCGACUCGACCUGCACCACCUAGGGGAGAGACUAGCGCAGGAAGCAAAGCAGAGCCGAUGCUGGAUGACUUUCUCAGCCAACGUCUGAAGCCAGUGAUUCUUCGGGGUAGCGGCAGUACGUUCAGUAACGCAGCCUCGAGUAUGGACUUGCCUGAGUCCAGCCUUCAGCCGGCAUCGUCGAAAUCGUCAUCGUUGGAUAGCUAUCCGAGGCCGCGUCUCUUACCUUCUGCGAUGCGCCAAGGCAGUCAGUCACCGACUAAGAGAGGCGUUCUGGGCAGACGCAGGCCUUCUGACAGCUCUGAAGACGAUGUAGCCGCCCGCUACCCUACACUGGCCGCUCGUCGUUCUUUGACUCGUCUGUCAUCGACUGGAAGCAAGUCGCCAGUACGUGUGCCUUCGCCUAUCAACACGACAAUAGCACCACAGCAGGCGACACUACACAGCUAUGACGGAGAGCCAACUGCCUGGCCACAGACGGAUAGCUCACUGCCAUUCAACGAUGACGCGUUCCAUGGCAAAGAAGGUCUUUGGUUGCGGUCGCCGUCAGGUGAGCCUACGCUUCGGCCAGCGAAGAAGCUGAACUUCUUCCAGCGCAUGGCAACACCUCGUUCUAAAGGGAAAGAACGCGAGCUUCCUCGCCCGAAUAUGCCAGAACAUGCUGCGCACAAGUCUCCUUACCGAGCUGUCGCACAUUAUGCCAUGGCAAGCUCAGUAGAACGUAUCGGCCUUGACGAGGUCGAGCGCAUAGCUCAGGAGAACGAGACAUCGGCAGAGGACUCAAUGUCAGAGCAUCGACUUUCCAAGGUUGUGCCGUACGAAGGACGCCAUUACAGUCUACUGCCAUCGCCGCCUACCCGGAGCCACAGCGAGGAUUCGGACUUCAACUCGAAGCAUGUUCUUCCUCGGAUCAUGGUGCAGCGGCAGGACUCUACGGAGUCACCAGAGCUACUGCGCGCUCGGCCUGCGUUCAAGCAUCAGGCUGCGCAGGUUGUGGACAUCCCCAAGUCGCCCAAAGAGUAUCACACCGAAACGAUGACCCAACAGCCAGCUCAUUCCGCCAAAGCUGCCGUGACUCGAGGCUCUAUUGACGUCGGACGUGAGUCUUUAAGCACGCCUGAGAUGAACGGUGAUUCUCCGAGGCAGCCGCGCCUCUCACCUGUUGGUCGCAUCCCAGCAGUGGUAUCGAAGAGGGAUCGCGAUCGCAAGCUGUCUGACAUAUCCUUCUCGAGGCCUUUUGCACGUACGCAGCCUCGACCAAGCGUCAAACCUCCAGGCUCAGUGUACAGCCAAAUCCGGGAGAUGGCCAGUCCUAUCGAGUCUAGCUCUCAACCCAUCUCGAGCGCAAGCACAGCUACAUCUACUGAGCACAAGGGAAGCAUCUCUACAGAUCCUCGAAGCAUCUCCACAACACGGACAAGCAUGGAUCUGCACAACAUUGGCAGCGAGUUCUUCAAUUUUCAAGAUCGUAAGAAUUCUGAGCAGUCGAAUCUGUCGUACUCCACUAGCUCUGGAAAUCCUAGCUGGAUGUCCGCCCUGUACGCUCAAGCACCUCAGCAGGAAGAUGUGUGGAAUGAAUAUGAUGACUUCAUGGAAGAGCACAUGCCGCUGAAGACUCCAACACUAAAGACGCCUACUACGGGCUCCUCUCUCGGUGCGCCCUUCCAGUACUCCAGUAUGCUGUUUGAUGGCCAUAGUGGUCCACUGGUCACUCCAGCUCUCUACCAUCCGCCACCUUCUGGCAGACUCCCAGUGCCACCUGGGUUCUCUGAGACUGUGCCGACGAUCUUGACAGUGCCGCAACAGAUCUCACGGUUCUUGCAGCCCUCAAUGUCACCGUUGGCAACUCCGGAUACCAUCUCUGGUCUCAUCGGCGGGUAUGGAAAUCGCAGCACCAGUACGUUGUUCACGCAAGAUCGAGCAAGCAUACCAAACAUGUCAAGCACGCAGCAAUUUCAGAGGCCGAACCUUCGUGACAGCAUGGCAUCUUCGAGACACAGUCGUGGUUCUUACCACUCUAGGACGAGCUCAUUGCCAGAAGGAACUACACGCCAUUCGCAACCCAGCAUGAUACCAGGUCCGCGGCCCAACAGCGAUGCACAGCUUCGUACCAUUGCAGAGACGCCAGGAGAUCGACAAGGGGCCUCCUCAAGUCUAAGAAUCGGUGCUCUCAUGACUAGCAAGUGGCUAUCCUUUGGAAGGGUGCUGUUCAGCCCUGCCCAUAACGAGAUCCGCUUUGCCGAAGACCCGAAAGUGCUAGUUGUCGAUGGCUUGAGCAGUGACUGGUCACACUACAUCGCUCUGUCAUACCCAGACGCCAAAGUCUACAACAUGACACCAAUCGUGCCAGGCUCUCCGUCUUUCUCGUGGCCAGAUGAGGAUCAAGCUCCUCCUUCGAACCUUCACCAGAUACCCAUGGUCAACAUUGGAACACCGUUCCCGUUCCCAAAGGGCUUCUUCAAGGCAGUCGUGUUCCGCUUUCCAACGGCAACGACUGAGCAGGCUUACGCAGCAUGCAUCUCCGAGUGCAAGCGUGUCCUCCAGCCCGGCGGUUACCUGGAAUGCGCACUUCUCGACCUCGAUCUCCUAAACAUGGGCACCAAAGCACGAGGCGCAGUCCGAGGCCUCAAAACUCGAAUGCAACACCGCGACCCCCAAGUCUGCCUCCGCAACCUCAGCGACAUUCUAAUCCGCCUCAUAGGCCGCCGCGGCUUCGACUCCCUCCAACGCUGCAUCGUCGGCGUCCCCGCAGCAGGCCGCAUCCCCCGAAGCCAAGACCUCAGCAGCGUCUCCUCCGACUCCUCCUCCGGCAAAUCAAUCUGGCCCCGCACUCGCAGCCGAGAACUCACCUUCUCCGACCUCCUCGAGGACGCCUUCGCCCCCGGCAAGAACAACGACGAAACUAUUACCAAGAUGGUCGCGAAGGUGGGCAGGUUUUGGUACUCGAGUUGCUAUGAGAAGGCUCUCCUACCUGCUGAUCGGAGUAUUUGGAGUGAGGCGAAUUUGCUCCGGGAGUGUGAGACGCAGGGCACGACGUUUAAGCUUUUGAUCUGUCAUGCGCAGAAACCGAUGCAGACGAGACGACGGACUGUUAGUGUUUGA